CGCUCUCCAGCCUCAACUUUCCACCUCCAAUUUAUCUUCACGUCGUCUGCUACCGGCUGUCUUCUCCUGAUUCCCCUCCUCUCCGCGUAGCCCAACUUCUUUUCUCUACCCCCGAGAGCGGCUCUUCCCAUCCACCUCUCUUUCUUCCCCCUUUACUCCUCCGAAGCCAUUCCCCCGAGCAUAGUCUCUCGAGUCUGCCCAGCAUGUCCGGCGAAGCGUGGCUCUACCUGUUAGCGGUGUUGAUCAACGCCGUCAACCUGUUCCUGCAGGUGUUCUUUACCAUCAUGUAUAGCGAUCUGGAAUGCGACUACAUCAACCCUAUCGAUCUCUGCAACCGCCUCAAUGCCUACAUUAUCCCCGAAGCCGCCGUUCAUGCCUUCCUCACUUUCUUGUUCGUGAUCAAUGGCUACUGGCUUGCGAUCGUGUUGAACCUGCCUCUGUUGGCAUUCAAUGCCAAGAAGAUCUACGAUAAUGCGCACCUUCUGGAUGCGACCGAGAUCUUCCGCAAGCUCAACGUACACAAGAAGGAAUCUUUCAUUAAGUUGGGUUUCCAUCUUUUGAUGUUUUUCUUCUACCUGUACAGCAUGAUUGUUGCUUUGAUCCGCGAUGAGUCCCAUUAAGGUUGCCGCAAGGUGGAACAUGCGAUGCGCCGUGGCCGUUCUGGCAAAAGCAUCGCGUGGUGCGCUUCCUGACUUGCAAUGAGUGAGGCUGGAUACGCAUGAUAAUACUCUCCGGCAGAGUACAUGGACGCUUUAAAGUCGCCAAGCUGGGUUUGCCCAGGUUAUCGAUUUCGAUGCUAUGUCGGGAGAUGGAUGAAAUGUAGGAUAUGCCUAUGAUGAGGAUUUUGACGACGGGUAGGGGUGAUGACCAAUCAUUUUGGUAUAACGACUUAGACUGGGAUGGUGAGUAACAACUGCAUCGCUGUGAUGCAGGUUAAUUGAGAUAAUUUGCGUGUAUUGUUUGACGUUGCGAAUGUAUUCCUUGAUGUCUGAUGUGCUGUAUAUACCACCACUCAAGCAGUGUGUCAAUGAAGAGCGUACGAUACCCUUUCUGUGUCUAUGUAAUAGUAUAUAAUUAAAGAGCAACUCGGUUGUGU